AUGACUCAACUCCGACUAAUACACUAUCCAGCGUCCGAAAAAGCUGUCGGAACAUGGAGAGCCGGAAGUCACACUGAUGUUGGAUGUCUUACUCUUUUGUUCCAGCGCGAUGGAGAAGACGGACUUGAAAUCUGCCCAGGCCGAGAAAGCCAUUCUAGUUUUGCAAGCGGCGAUGUCUUCACUCCUCUUCCAGCUGAAACAGGUCCCAUUGUCGUCAAUAUUGGAGACAUGCUCAUGGCGUGGUCUGAUGACCGUUUGAAAUCCAACUUUCACCGAGUGCGGGCCAAAGACGAGGGUAUAUCGCCGUCUCGAUACUCAAUUGCUUAUUUCAAUCAAGCAAGGCGCGAUUUUGUACUGCAGGGACCGCUGAAAAAAUAG